AUGUCAAUUUCACCUAUCCCUCUACAGGUAAUUGCUCGAUCCACUUUUGGAGUGCUUGGAUGUUGUUCCUUCUUCCGGGUUUUCUAGCAAAGGGCGACUUCAGCAGUAAGGAGUGAAAGCGGAAGCAAAGUAAGCAUAAGAUGAACGCCGUGCUUCGCUGAGAAGUACCAACACAGUUCAACUUGAUCGAAGCAUCAAAGGGGUGCCUUUAUAGUCCAAGAUGCCCCCUCCCCCGCCGCCCCCUCCGGGGCCCCCUCCCCCGCCAGGGCCCCCACCCCCGCCUUCAGGGGGACCAAAGUUGAAAUUAGGCGGCGGAGGCGGUGGUGCUGGUGGUAGAGGCGCACUGCUUAGCUCUAUACAGCAAGGCAAGAAACUGAAGAAGACUGUUACUAAUGACAGGAGUGCUCCUGCUUUGGCUGAUUCUAAAGGGCCAAAAUCAGGAGGCAUAGGCAAUAAUAUAGGUCAUAUGGGUGGAGCCCCAAUGACCCCAAAGGGGGCUUUGAAACCAUUUUCAACUGUAGCAAGCCACCAUAAGCCUGUCAAGCCCCCUGUGCCAUGGAUGCAGAGAAAGAGCAUGGAGGCAGAGGAUGCCAGCCAAUCAAACUCAGGCGGAGGCAGUGGUGGACCAGGAGGAGGAGGAGGAGGAGGUGGAGGUUUUGGGGGUGGAGCACCUUCCGGAUUAGGAGGCUUAUUUGCUGGUGGAAUGCCAAAGCUUAGACCUGUAGGAAAUGGUGGACCUGCACUAAAGCCCUCAGGAUUCAAGAAGCCAGCACCUAAUACACAGACAAAUACUAACAAAAACGGACAAAGUAAUCAUAUAGGAGGUCCUCCGCCUCCACCCUCUUCAGCCUCUAAACCGAGGUUUGGUGCUCCAGUAAAUAAUAAUAAUACAAUAAACGCUAAUGCAAAUAGAACUAUUGACAACAGGCCCGCACUUCCUAGUAAAGGGCCGCCAUCUUUACCUUCAAAGCCAGGUGUGCCACCACCGCCACCUAGUGGACAAAAGCCUCAGUUUAAUAGACAAACAAGUGAUAGUUCUAGUGCACCAGUAGGGAGGCCGGGAGGACAGCCGCCUCCACCGCCACCUGCCAGGGUGCCCAAUGCCGCGCCACCACCACCUCCACCAUCAACAAAUAAACCUGGCGGAAGAUUAGACACACCACCUCCGCCGCCACCUACGAGUCGACCGCCUCCUAUGAGGGCGGAUGCGGCACCUCCGCCACCACCACCCUCACAGAAGAAACCAGGAGGUCCAAAAAUGAGGGCCAAUGGCCCAGUGGCCAGCCCCCCAGCCUCACCUUCACACAGUCAGAAUAAACCCCCUCCGCCCCCCAGUCCAAUGAACAGAGGGAGUAGGAAAGCUAACCCAAAUAUGCAGAACAGGCCGCUGCCGCCACCUCCUGUGCAAGGCAGUGAUGGAGGUUCUAGGCCGGGACCACCUCCACCCCCUGCGAGGUCUCAACCCCCUCCCCCUCCUCCCCCUAGGUCUGCUACUGCACCCCCUCCUCCACCCCCUACACAACCCCCCUCAAAUAGACCAAACACGGGGACAUUAGGACGGCCGCCGCCUCCAUCAGCACCCCCCUCUAACAGGCCCCCUCCUCCACCCCAGAGAAGUGCUGCAGGCUCAGCACCCCCUCCCCCACCCCCAGUGAGAAAUACCCCUCCCCCACCCCCUCCCACAAGGAACGCGGCCAGGACUUCAGGAAUAGUAAAUGAUGACUUUGAAUCCCGGUUUGAGUUCCACAAUAUCAAUGUGCUUCCACCUCCAGAGCCUUUCCAGAAAGUUACGCGUACCUAUCCUAGUAAAAACCCAAGGAAUCCUGCAAACAUGAGACAACAAGCUCCACCACCUCCUCCUCCUCGAUAG